AUGUCAGCUUAUGCUCAAAAAUAUAAAUUUUGGGUUGCUACCAAAGAGCAACUUGAAAAUGUUAUCAUUAAACAAAAAAUUUUACAAAAUUCAGAACCGAUUGAUGAUCGUUCUACAGCUCAUAGCAUUCAUGCUGAUAUGUACUGUGAUUAUGUAGAUUUAGUCAAUAAAUUGGAUUAUAUUUAUCAUAGAACAUUUCAAGUGCAAAAACGUGAACUUUUGCAACGUUUAUUAGAGGCAGCAACAUCAAGAUUAUGUGAAUUACGUAACGAAUUGAAAGAAAUAGAAUUAAGUGAAUAUAUUUAUAUUGAUAAAACGCUUGUUCAACGUAAACUCACAUACGAUGUGAUUCAAUUAAUACGACCAGACUUUUUGCCAUUUGUACGUGAUAAAGAAAUUUAUGAUUUAGUAAGGAAUAGUCGUCAAAAAUCUGAAAAUAAAUUUAGAUUAAGUGAUGAAGAUGGAAAAACAGUUAAAUCAGAGGAACAGCUUUUAAAUGAUGCAAGUUUAUUAAUUCAAGCUCAUGAAAGUUUACGGGUAAGCAGAAUAUUGCAAACAAACAUUAAAUACGACAGAAAAGAAGAUUUAACAAAAAUAGAUGUCAGCAUGUUGGACGACAAUAAAUAUGAGUUCACACAUAGGCCAGAUCAAAAAAUUGCCCCUGGUGAUGGAGUUUCGGUUGAUUUAUCCAAAAGGCAAGAAAAGUUUACUGAAAUAAAAGUUUUCAAUACAGAAAAAAUACAAAAUGAACAUUUAUCAAUACUAACAUCAAUAAAUGUCGAAGAAACAAAAGAGAAUGCCGCAAGAAUAAUUCAGAGAGCAUGGAUAUCAUUUUUAGCUAAAAAAUCAUAUCAAAAACAACAAGAAAAGCGUGCCAUAAUCUAUGGAAUCAUAUCAGAACGAAAACCCACAAAAAACCCACUAGAGAAUAUACUACAUAAAAGUUAUGAGUUCAAAACAAUAAGGGACCAAUAUGUUUUGGAAUUUGUUAAAGCCGUUGAAAAUGAAAGGUCAAGAGUACUUGUAAAGCGUAAAGAUAGUAUAAUGGAGGAUAUUUCAGACCAUAUACGGCAUUGGAUUCAUGAUUUUUAUGAAAAAACCCAUGAAUUACCACCAUUUCCAUCUGAGUUGAAAGGUGGAACAAUUUUAGUUUUACAGGAUCAGGUUAUUUCCCCGGAAGAAUUCAAUGAAAAGAAAACUAAAACAAAGGAACAAUUGGCCGCUGAAGUGAAAAAAAUCCGAAAUGAAGAUAAAAAACAAAAACAAAAAUUGAAAGAGAAAAUCAAACAACAAGAAAUGCAAGAGAAAAUUUUAUUGAAAAAAAUUGCUGAAGAAGGCAAGGUUUAUUAUAACUUUGGUAAAAUUUUCACCGGCAACAAACUAAAAGUUCUUGAAUAUGGGCUUAAUGAAAUCAAUGACAAAUGGCAUUAUGAUGUCAACGAAAAAUUAAAUUAUAAAGAAGACCCAUUUAUGACUUGGAUAAGUGAGGAAAAAUUCGCUGAAAUUCAUAUGGAAUUGAGGAAAAUUGUGGAUCAAACUAUGAGAUUGGAGUACGAAACUCUGCGAAAAGCAAUCGCAAUUGAUCGAAAAAAAAAAUAUAAACCUCCUAAGCAAACAAACCCUAAAAAACCGAAACGUCGCAAAACCAUAAAAGUAGAAAUUGACCCAACAGAAAAUUUGUCAGUUCAAGAGCUUUUUUAUCAAAUGGAAAGCUCUGGUCUCAUCCGGAAUUAUAAGAAGAGAUGUUUUGAAGAAUUUUUUGGUGAUUUUAAUUAUUGCGCUUAUCAUUUGAAAAAUCUACUUGGCUUAGAAGCUAUGCCUUCAACUUUAGAAGUUCGUGAUAUUUUAAGAGAAUUCAUAUUAGGAAUGGGUCCGUUAAAUAUACCUAAAUAUAAAUCAAUUUUAAUUGGUGGACCACCUAAAAGUGGAAAAGUUCAAUUAUGUGAAAUAUUAGCUUCCGAAAUUGAUGCGGUUAUGAUUGAUUUAUCAAUUGAAAAUGUUUCCAAAUAUGAAAAUGAUAUUGAUAUGCUCAUACAUUUAGUUCAAAAAAUGUCACGUAUUUUACAACCAACGAUAAUUUUUAUUGAAAAUGUUCAUAGGACAUUUUGCAAGAAAAUUCCACCUGAAUUCGAACAUCUAAGUCCAUUAAUUUUAUCAAAAUAUUUAAAAAAUAAAAUUAUAAAAAAUAUUAAACAAACUGAUAAAAUUAUAAUUUUAGCAACUUCUGAUGAACCUUGGACUGCUUCAAGAAAAAUGAAUAAAAUAUUUGAUAAAAUUUUAUUAAUGCCUAAAACUGAUUAUUCAUCAGCAUACCAAUUAUGGCGAAAAUUUAUAUUACAAAAUUCAGGUGUUCCAAGAAAUUUGGAAUUUUCACCAAUUGCUUGGGUUUUACGGGACUAUACAAGUGGUGAAAUAGCUGAUAAUGUUAAUGAAACAUUAAAUAUUAAUCGAAGAAUGAAAUUAAUAAGGAAACCAUUGAAACUUGAAGAAUUUUUAGAAACAUUUUUACAGGAGAAUAAAUUUCCUGCUAAGGAAGAUGUGUAUAAGAAAUAUUACAAAUGGUAUGAGAAAGCAAAUAAAUUAGAAAGGAAACGUAAACAAGUUGCUAAAAUAUUGAAAUAG